CUGCCAACACUCCUAAACUUUUUUUUUUUAAUCUGUUGACGAUUGAGUAAAGUGGUGUGAUAAUAUUAUUGCUGUUUUAAGAGACCGGUGUGGCUUUGGUAUUAUAAAUUGAGCACUUGUUUUGAAACGAAACUAAAUAAUUAUGGUUUCCCUGGAACAAACAGUAGAUACAUCUCAUGAAGACAUGAUUCAUGAUGCUCAAAUGGAUUACUAUGGUACCAGGUUGGCAACUUGUUCUUCUGACCAGUCAGUGAAAAUUUUUGAUGUUAAAAAUGGCACUCAAAAGUUAGUAGCUGAUUUGAGGGAACAUGAAGGUCCUGUCUGGCAAGUUGCUUGGGCCCAUCCAAUGUUUGGUAACAUUCUUGCUUCCUGUUCAUAUGACAGAAAGGUUGUCCUUUGGAAAGAGACUGGAGGGGAAUGGAAAAAGAUUUAUGUCCAUAUUAGCCAUGAUUCCUCAGUAAACUCCAUCUGCUGGGCUCCACAUGAUUUAGGGUUGAUGUUAGCCUGUGGAAGUUCCGAUGGUGCUGUGUCAAUAUUAUCUAGUUCUGGAGAUGGAAAUUGGGACACAAAGAAAAUCAAUAAUGCUCACACAAUUGGUUGUAAUGCUGUCAGCUGGGGUCCUGCAGUAGCACCAGGAUCCUUGAUAGAUCAGCCUCUUGGCCAGAAACCUCAACUAAUAAAACGGUUUGUUACUGGUGGUUGUGACAACUUAGUCAAGAUUUGGAAAUAUGUUGAUGACGAAGAUCGAUGGGUGGAAGAACAAAAACUUGAAGCACAUUCUGAUUGGGUGAGAGAUGUAGCCUGGGCUCCUUCUAUUGGCUUGCCGCACAGUAUUAUAGCUAGUUGUUCACAGGACAGAAGAGUGAUAAUAUGGAAGAAUGAUGGCACAGAUAGUACGUGGAAUUAUAAAGUACUUCACACCUUUGAUGAUGUGGUUUGGCAUGCUAGUUGGUCUGUAACUGGAAAUGUCCUUGCAGUGUCUGGAGGUGAUAACAAGGUGAGCCUGUGGAGAGAAACACUUGAUGGCCAGUGGGUAUGUAUCAGUGACAACCACAAGAGUCAAGUUACCAGAAACACAGUCUCUUCAGAAAGGACACUCUGAUUAAAACAAUUUUUGAUUUGCAAGGUGGAAAUAUGCAAUGGAUUGCUCCUUUUUCAUUUGUUGCUUCACGGAGAUCUUUGCUGAUGGGAGUGACAAUUUCCAACUGGUGUAUAUUGCUGGGAUAUAUAUAUAUAUAUAUAUAUUUUUUUUAUAUGGUUAUUUUAUCCACAGAAUAAAGACAACCAUCCAGACUAGCCAAAACACUGCUGAAAACUCCUUCCACAUAAAUUUCAUCAUAGAGCAUGGGCUUUGAAUUUGAAGUUUUCAAUUCCAUGAUGUAAAAAACUAUUGGAAACACCAUCUCAUUUAAAUAUGAACCAAUUCAUAUAUAAUGUUAUUCAACUUAAAUUUCCAGAUGUGUAGAUGGUGUUUUAUUUUCUAUGCAACCAGCAUACAUACA